AUGUGCACCUCGGAUCUACGUAACUGGCACAUUGUCAGUACACUGGAGUCAGAAUUUGUGUCGCGAAUUCACAUGGUUAUGGUAUACGGUGAAAAUGGUAAAAAUGCCUUAAUCGUGACGAGAGAUAAGAUGGUAUAUGCUUUGGGAGCCAACACCAAAGGUUGUUUGGGGACUGGGAAUAAAGAUGCCACGUUACAUCCGAAAAAGAUCGAGGUUCUGUGCACAAAAGAUGUAAAGACGUUUGCAUGUAGUUAUAACCACGUUUUGGCGCUUACAAAAGGGGGAGAGGUAUACUCCUGGGGCUACAACUUUUAUAGCCAAGUGAGAAAAGGUUUAGCUCUUACAGUUGUCACACCUACUUUAGUAAACAUACCUAUUCCGAAGCGUAUCAUCGACAUAGCAUGCGGGUUUAACCAUUCCAUUGCUCUGACCGAGUUUGGCGAGUUGUACUUUUGGGGAGUACAUAAAUAUAAACAUAAAUUUACAAAAUUUACUAUCUUGGCUGGAAAGAAAAUUGUUUACAUCUCCUGUGGUGGAGCCUUCACUAUUGUAGUCAUUGAAAAUGGCGAAGUAUAUGGUUGGGGUAUUAACUUUUCUGGCCAACUAGGUGUAGGCGAUACAAAUAACCGAACAACACCGUGCCAACUCAAUUCAUUGAAAAAUAUUGUGAUAGUCAAGGUAGCUUGCGGAUAUAUGCACACACUGGCGCUCACGGACGAAGGAGAUCUCUAUGUCUGGGGUGAAAAUAGUUGCGGCCAGUUAGGGACCGGCAACCAAAGGAAUUGGUAUGAACCGGUCGUGAUCGAGCACCAAAUGGGAAGAGUGCUUGACAUUGCUGCUUCGUACUGCCAUGACAUAAGCAUUGCUAUUGGCAAAGAAGGACGUUUAUAUGUAUGGGGUUACUGUCAUGGACAGACCGUCAUGACUCCAAUUGUCACUCCAUUCUCGGAUGUGCAUAACGCAAUUGCAUCUUAUGCAACGUCCAACAUUAUGCACAAACCGCUAAUUUUGAAUGGGAACGAAGAGUUAGGCAUAUUGAAGUGCCUGAAAACUGCAUUCGAUGAUCACCUCACGAGCGAUCUUAAGAUACAAGUGGAGAAUCAAAUUAUUCACGUGCACAAAGCUAUUUUGAAGAUUCGCUCUUUUUACUUUAAAAUGAUGUUUCAACAUGUUUGGUCGGAAAAGAAUCAGAGUGUUAUUCAGCAUGAUGAAUAUUCCUAUAAAGUCUACAAAGCCUUCCUGAAUUACCUAUACACCGACGUGAUCGGUUUACCCUGGGAGCAAACCGUUGAACUUUUCAUCCUGGCUAACGAUUACUGUGAGGAUAGUCUCAAGAAGAAGUGUAUUCGGAUAUUAAUGCAAGGAAUUACCAUAUCGAACGUUACUUACUUAUAUACCAUUGCAGUCAAAUACAAAGAAGAGGAGCUAGAAGAAUUCUGCAUCAAAUUCGCCGUUAAUCAUUUUACAGUUGUGGCACUGACAGAAAAUUUCGCCAAACUAGAUCAGAAUAUGAUGAAAACUUUAAUAAUUAAGACGAGCGAGGCUGGUGGUUUUAAGAUGUAAUUUCUCUAUUUCUUUCAAAAAUAAUACAUCUU